AUGUUCGUCUGUACUACUACCCCCCGUCUCUCUCUCUCUCUCUUUCUCUCUCUCUCUUUCUCUCUCUCUCUUUCUCGGUGUGUAUCUCUCUGUUUCUCAUUCUCUCUAUAUAUACGCCUAUUAAUGUCGCUUUCUGUAUCUCAACAUACGUAUCUCUCUCUAUGCAUCUCCCUAUCUAUCUGCGCACUUAUCUCUCUCUCUCUCUCUCUCUCUCUCUGUAUGUCUAUUUAUGUCGCUAUUUCUCAAUUUGCGUCUCUCUAUAUACAUCUUUCUAUCUAUGUGUGUGUUUCUCUUUCUCUUUUUCUGUUCCUCUCUCUCUCUUUUUAUGUCUCAAUAUGCAUCUAUCUAUCUAUCUAUCUAUCUAUCUAUCUAUCUAUCUAUCUAUCUAUCUAUCUAUCUAUCUCCGCUUCUUCAUUAUCUAUCUAUCUAUCUAUCUAUCUAUCUAUCUAUCUAUCUAUCUAUCUAUCUAUCUAUCACUCUGUAUGUCUCUAUGUUUCCCUCUUUUUUUCUCUCACUUACAUGAAGAACAAACAGAUGUGUUUCUCUACAUCAUGUUUGCUUUCUUCUACCAAAGGGGUUAUAAAGUUUCACAAUAUGCGUUUUUUUUUCUUCUUUCCUUGGUGUCCCCCUUUUUUCUCGUCUCUACCCACACCCGUAGAAGUUUCUAGUCUCUAG